GAGGAUUUCGGGGAUCGGGCGGUGACCGGACCGCGGCUCACGUAACCUCUGUGCGUUACUGUUCACUAUCUGGGAUUAGCCGAGUAAAAGGAUCCGUCUUUUUAAAACAAAAUCUAGCUUCGAUUCCUCGCUCCACUCUCGCGGCUCGAUCCGAGGACGGAUAUGGAUUCAGCUGAAGAGGCUGGGGAAGGAAUCAAAGAAGAGAAUGGGUCUCCUCCUGUUGAAAGUAUAGGCCUAAACUUAUUUAGGAACAAGGACACUCAGAUGGAUGAAAAUUUUGAGCAUGGAGGUGAUGUACCUAAUAAUGGAAUGCAAGGCUUCUCGGAUCAUGAGUACCCUAGCUCACCUGUCAUGCAUGCUGAUGUUAUAAAUGAGGCCGUGCAAUCUCCUAUUAUAGAUCCUAACUCAGCAGCCAUAUCACCUGCAAAAUACCCUGAAGAAUCUCUCUUACCUAUUGAAUCCAAUGAAAAUCGUGAUGAUGCAGAGAGAUCUUUUGAUUAUCCUGCCGGUGAACGGAGGUUCUCAGUGCAGGAUUAUCAGAGCAACGAUAAGAAAGAGGGGGCUGAGGAUGCUUAUCAUAUUGCUCACUCUGAGGAUUUUGUUGAUAGUAAUCUGAAUGAAACAUACGACAAUGAGUUUCAUACUGAAGAUUCAUAUUCAUUAGUUCAUAAUUCUCUUUUGACAGGCGAUGAUAACAGCUAUGUGGUUAGGAGCGAUGAAGCUUUAAACCAUCAUCAAAUUGCGAUAUCUCCUGCAUUAGAUGAAGCAACGGAUGGAGUUGUGGGAAAUGCCUCAGCAAAAUUUCAUUCUGAGAACCCUGAAGUCCAUGCAAAAAUGGAUGGUGGAAACUUGAGCGCCCAUAAUGAACCGAAGGAAGAUGAUUACUCCUCCAUAAUGGCAGCUUCAGAAAAUGGAGGGAUGGUAUGGGAAAACUCUAGUCUACAUUCUCCUCCGAGACCUCAAAAUGCUUCACCGUCACCUGAGAGACAAUUUUCUAUUUCUGCAGAAAGGUCUACCCAUUCCCAACAGUCUCCGCAUGCUCAUCCAUCUUUGAGUCAAGAAAGAGUAUCAUCCCCAGCAAAUAUUGACAACUUACCAGUCCCUUCACCAAGCUCAUCUAGAAGAAAACGUUCACCUUCUCUGGAAAAAGACAGUGGUGGUCGCAAGAGGCCUUCAUCACGUGAUCGUUCUUCUUCUAAAAGGCAGAAAUCUCCUUCAGAAAGGACAACACGGCGAGACUCUUGCCGUAGAGAUGGUUCUCCAAGGAGACAUGGAGUUCCAUCUCCUCAAAAGCGCGACUCUCCACGGAGGAGGGGUAGGUCAAGGUCACGCUCACCUGUGAGGAGAAGAGAUUCUCCUGCACGCAGAAGAGAUCACUCCCGUAGAUCUCGAUCAAGGUCUCCUUAUGCCAAGGAUCGUUACCGAAGAUCCCCGAGGAGAAGGCCGUCUCCAAGACGCAGGUCCCCUCCACCUAGCCAUUCUCAUCGCCGUUCUCCAAGGAGGCCGUGGGCACCACCUGCCAAUCGAAACACAGGAUUGGGGAAGCCUGGAAACAGUUUAUUUGUUGCAGGUUUUAGCUAUGUUACUACUGAGAGGGAUCUAGAAAAGAAGUUCUCAAGGUUUGGCCGUGUUACAGAUGUUCGCAUAGUUCGUGAUAAAAGAUCUGGGGAAUCUCGUGGAUUUGGUUUCUUAUCCUUGGAGAGGGAUGAAGAUGCUGAUGCGGCAAUACGUGCAGUUGAUCAGACUGAGUGGAAUGGUAGGAUCGUGCUUGUGGAGAAAUCAAAAACGUCUACCCGUUGAAGCUUUUAAAUGAAGUUUCCCUUUUGAGACCAGUGUUUAUCCGAUAAUAUGACAUAUUUUACAGAAUAUACUGCCUAGUAUUACCUAUAUUAGAGAUUCUGUAGUAAGUUAAAAUUUUCAUGACGGAAGACAUUUGUCUCUUUAUUCAAGAACAUGGAUGUGAAUCAAAUAAUCUAUGUGCCUGGCUCUGAAUGUUACUGAAUUAUGUAACAGAAUAUUACCAUGUGGGUACUUGUUACCUUCCAAUGAUGAAUGAUAUCUGCUUUCUGAUUCGAUC